CCUUUUGAAUGCGUUACUGCCGCUCCUAUCUGUUGCCGCUUCUGCGGAAUGCGCGUGCGUAAAGUUUGAGCAGUUCGUCAAAGUUGGAUAUGUGGCCGUUGUCGAGGCAUCUAUCAGCUGUGCCCCUGCUAGUUGCCUUCUGUGCACUUUCCAGCCAUGGCCAACAUGACGUCACCUGGUGCACUGUUAGUGAUGCAGAACACCUGAAGUGCACAGAGUUUGCUGAGGCAGUGCGUGUAAGCCGCCUAUUCUCUCUAACACUCAAAUGCAAGCGGGCUGCAUUCAAGGAUCAGUGCAUGAAUUUUCUGGAUAAUGGUCAAGCCAACCUGGUGGAACUUGACCCUGGCGAGGUCUACACUGCUGGGCGUUUUCACAGUGUUAUCCCUAUCCUGGCUGAACGCUAUGGCAGAGAAAGAGACGCUGGCUACUAUUCGGUGGCUAUCAUUCACGCCCGGUCCGAGUUUCGCUCACUGAAUGAUCUGAGGAACAAGUCUGUCUGCUUUACCAGUGUGGGUGACAUGGCCGGCUGGGUGGUUCCCAUGGCGACACUGAUCCACGAGAACGUCCUUGAAGUAACUGACUGCAACAACCUUGUCAAAAGUGCUGCUUCAUUCUUUGGCCCAAGCUGUGCACCAAACUCUCUGAUUGAUAAGCACAACCCAACAGGUGACAACCCACCGAAGAUGUGCGAGUUGUGCAUGGGGCACCCAGGCGAGCGAUGUUCGGGUAAUGACCCAUUUUCUGGCUACCAAGGUGCACUGCACUGCCUCAUGGAAAAAGGGGAAGUAGCCUUUGUGAAGCACACUACACUGGAUGAAAUGUUCCUGGGCCAGCCACCUCCAGAUCGAUUCCGACUUCUUUGUCCAAGUGGCGAGACAGCCCUGCCGGACCAAUACCGCACCUGUAACUGGGGCAGGGUACCACCAAACGUGGUAGUCACAACUUCAGACACACUGCCUCAAGUUCGUGUGCAGUACCAAGAGUUCCUUAAGCUCGCAGUGCAAACCUUUGGCAAGCCUCCAAUGGGGCAGCUGCCAUGGUUCUACCAGAGUCAUUCAGACAGUGGCGGCUACAAUAUAAGCCCUACACCUGACUGGAGUCGAGUUUUCAACCAGAGCUGGGCAACUGGGCAGCAGACGCCUUCCUGGAAUGGCCCGCUUACAACUGAUCGCCCAUUCUUUGUCAACAUGACAGAGAUGUCCAAGUUCUACCUAUUUGCAAGUGGGAGCCGCUAUGGCAAUGCUACCAAUCUACUGCUGCAAGACUUGACAACAGAGCUGGUGCCACUCAAUGGAUAUGAACAGACCUUCACUGGUUACCUUGGAAGAUAUGUGGAGCCCUUCACAAAGCUGCGCAGGUGCCCCGUCCCUCCUGCUGUGCUUUGUGUGGUUUCAGAAAAGGAGGUGGAGAAAUGCCAUCGCAUGAAGACAGCCUUCAAGUCUCAGAUGCUGAAGCCAGACCUUAACUGUGUGCGUAGCCAUAGCCACCUGGGUUGCAUGCACAUGAUACGAGAUGGCCUUGCAGACCUUGUUGUUCUUGAGGCAGGCGACAUAUACCGAGCUGGACAUUCCUUUGGCCUCAUCCCAAUCAUCACCGAGCAGUACAACUUAGAUGAGCCAUACUACUACGCUGUCGCCGUGACUCUCCAAGGGGACAAGGAGACCGAUCUGUUGUACCUCAAAGGUAAAACAUCAUGCCACACUGGCAUCAAUCAGGCUGCUGGAUGGGUGGUGCCGUUGAGCUUUCUCAUCAGUAAUGAGCGCAUGCGGUCCUAUGGCUGUGAUUCAGCACGCUCUGCCUCAGAAUUUUUCUCCAAGAGCUGUGUGCCCGGCGCUCUUUCCCGUGAAUUUGUGGGCUCGGAGCGGAGCUACAAGAACCUGUGUGAUCUCUGCCAUGGAACCAGCACUCAUUUCUGCGGCCGGGAUGCUUCGGAGCCCUUCUAUGGCCAUACAGGUGCCUUCCGCUGUCUUGUUGAGGGAGGCGGCCAGAUUGCAUUUGUCAAGCACACAACUGUCUUUGAAAACACAGCUGGUCGCAACAGUAUGUGGUGGGCACGCAACAUUGCACUUGGUGACUUUGAGCUGGUCUGUCGUGAUGGCUCACGCCAGCCACAGGACAAGUAUGUCCAGUGUAACCUAGGGAAAGUGGCAUCCAAUGCCAUUGUGACUAGCCCGAACAAACCACAAAGCAUGAUCGACGCUUACAUCAACCUUUUUGUGUAUGCACAGCAGUUUUAUGGCUCCAAGUACAGCGAGGAUUUCACAUUCAAAAUGUUUGUGUCAGAGGCUGCACAUCGAGACUUGAUAUUUCAAGAUUCAACACAGCAGCUAAAACCAGUGCCUUUACAUAGGCGCAACUAUGCAGACUAUUUGGGCAGUGACUUUCUUCAAGCAGUCCGUCUUGUGGACUGCUCUGGAGGUUCAAGUGGUGUUCAAUUGUCAGUAGCAAUCAUGUUGAUCUGCAUCCUUUCUCUGAAAUUCUGGGCAUAAUGGUGCUUCAUCUCACUGUUGCUGAAAGUCUGCUCGAGCCUUUUACAGUGAAAAAGGCUCCAAACAGUGCUCAUAUUUUUUGUAUAAAUUAAGCGACGUGACCCAAGUCACGUCAACUUGGAGCUGGGGAGUAUUUUUGUACCAGGAAUUACCAGCUCUAAACUUGUUUAAUGUCAAACAUUCUUUUUAUAGCUGUGGAGGGAAGUGGCAUGUGCAUUCUGAUGUGUUGAGCCUUGCUUUUUAAAGGCCUCCCUUGCCAUGGGCUAGUGAAGUAUCCAUCAGCUGGAGCUGAAAGUUCUAAGUGUAAGAUAUUUUCAGUGGUAUGAAUCAUGAUGGGCAACUUUUCAACAUUGACCCACUGCGGUUGCUUAGUGGCUAUGGUGUUGGGCUGCUAAGCAAGAGGUCGCAGGAUUGAAUCCCGGCCACGGCAACCGUAUUUCGAUGGGGACGAAAUGCAAAAAUACCCGUGUACUUAGAUUUAGGUGCACGUUAAAGAACCCCAGGUGGUCCAAAUUUCCGGAGUCCCCCAUUACGGCGUGCCUCAUAAUCAGAUCCUGGUUUUGGCAUGUAAAAUCCCAUAAUUUAAUUUUUUAAUUUAACUUUUCAUCAUUGUAAUACUGUGACUGCCAAACAGGGAAUAAGCUUUCUUUUUUUCUUUCUGCUUGUAUGCAUGAAAAAAUAAGGGGAGGAAAGAAGCAUUCUGUUUAAUGAGUUAAGUGUUAAUGAGUUUAUGGAGUGUAAUCUCAUAGGAAGGCUGAACUUUGCAGCGCACUUGUCAACAUAAUAAUCUAAGGAUUUUUAACAUUGUUAUUUACACAAGUGUUGCACAUAGUAUAUGUUUAAAAACCUGACAUUGACUUUCUGUGGUCUUGGUAUAUUCAACUUCUGCUGCCUUUCCCUCUCCCCAAAAAAGACAAUUCACUGCUCUUUCCUCCCCUUCUUUUUUACUUUUUUUUCAAUCAUUUGAUUUGCAUGGGACCCCAAUGAAUGCAUUCAUGAUGGACUGUCGUGUCGUGAAACAAAAAUUUGUCGUCCACUUGCUUUUAGCUCACCACCACCCUAUUGUGUCACAUAUGUUGAUUCUAGGUGUAAAAUUGCUUCGUGUAUGGUGAUUAUGCCAAACGUUUCACAUAACUGAAACUUUUAAAAAGGUGGUAUGUUGUAGAUAGUCCGGGUCUGCAGCUUGUUUUGGGUAGUCACACUAAGUUGUAGUGUGGCCUAGAUAACUGGUGAAGAUCAGUUAUGAAACAUGAAAAAAAAAACUAAACUGCCUGCACUCUUGCAUGCAUGGAUUAUAGCACUUUCACCUGUGCGUUCAACUAAAAAGCCUGCAGUGUUAAGUGUUUUGAUAAGCACAGGCCAUGGCAUCCAGUGUUGACCAAAAUGUUCACAUUGGAAUUCUAAAAACAAAAACUGUGACCAUAGCUGUAAAUCAUGCGCUAUAGGCAGAUGACAAGCAAGGUAGACAUUUGGGAAAGUUGGUAAGGUUCCAUGUUGAAAUAAGGGAGAGCGAUCAACUUAUAUGAAGCCGAAGAAAAGGUAAGCGCUCCUGUUGUCCUUUUCUUUUGCUUCAUAUGUGUUCAUUGCACUCCCCCACGUCACCAUGGACAAAAGCAAAUAUGUAGAAAUAGGCUGCAUUUGUUAAAGCUACAGUCUGUUACAGUCCAAACAUAUAAGAAACAAUGUUUUUAAAAUUUCAGAAAAAAAAAGUUGUAAAGUUAUUUUCAAUUCUUUACCUUUGAGGCACCCAUUAAACUUGAAAUUGCAAUGUGUGCUGCUGAAGAGUUCUAGUUCUCAACCUGAACUUUUUCCUUUAAAGUGGCCCUAAACCACUUGGUAAGUGGCCCUGAACCACUUGAUGGCUUGGUAAGAAAACACAUUACGCAGAUAGUAUGUGUAGCUGUGAACAUCUCAGCCAAAUUUUGCAGUUGUGCGCAGCACUGCGUUCACAAGCGAAGCGCGAAGGUGACCUCUCUCCAAAUGUCUUCCUUUCAAACUGCUCCUUGCCCAUUUCGAAUGCCAGCAGCUGUCACUUCUCAUCAUAGAGCAGAUUCCCAUCGAGAGCUGCCAUUAGCCCACGGUUGACAUGAAGCAAGCAAGAUGUUUGGAUCAGUGCAUCUUUUGCUACUGUUACUGCAUAUAUUGACACAAUUAACUGAACAGGCUGAGCUAAUUAGAAAUCUGCAUUUCGAAUUUAGGUAAGAAUUAUGCACAUCCAGGAGAAGCCAACUGUCUGCUCAUACACGGCCCCACCCGCCCAUGCAAGAAUGAAAUGUACACCAGAACCUCAAUGAUACAAUCCUGUUACACAUGAUUUCUCGGCACCAAAGUUCGCAAUCGAGAACACAAAAAAUGACCCAAUAGAGUUACGCUCAUUUUUUACCGGUUCAUACGUUUCCGGAAAACACGCUUUUUCAGCACCAACAUUCAGUACAUCGCCAAAUUGUGAUUGUAUGAUAUGUUUUCGAGCCGCUAAAUCUCAUGUAAACAAGAAAAUAUGUGAGGUGCGCACGAUCAAGAUCACCACAUAUCUGCUUGCCAUGGCAGCUUCACUGCAAUACUCGGCCGCCCAUCUCGCAUGAAAACGCCAGCGCACACUCAGUUUCUUAUUCCAGCACCAGUAAAUCUUCUCCGGGCUCGUCGCAUGCAGCAUUCACAGCUAUCGGCGUCAAUCCUAUUGCGAUAAGCAUCUUCACCUAAUGUUUUACAGCGCAUGGUGCAUAGUGCCAUUGGUAGCGUGCUGCACGCUUUUAAUAAGCGAUAAUCCAAAUGCACCGCCUUUCCCUGCUGCAGGUGGUGCAAUGUGAGCAUCACAUUUCGUUCCACUUGGCAUCUGGCAUCGCCCACCAGCUUGAUUUCGUUUUGGUUUCCUGUCGCCGUCUUAAAGCAAUACACAAUAGGAAAACAAAAUGUGUCUCGGGUCAUCGAAUCCCAACCAGCUAAAUGCGCAUCGGCGUCACAUGCCUCGUGCGCCACAAUUGGCAUUACGUAGAUGUAAACUACAGCUAAGUCUGCCCCCCCCCCCCCCCCUUUUUUUU